GUCCAUCAGUGUGCUUUAACUGGCCUUAACCUCUAAGAGCUACUGACGCCGACUGACCAUAAUUGUUACAGUACACAAAAAUGACGAUGGAUAUUAGACCAAAUAAUACAAUCUAUAUUAAUAAUUUGAAUGAAAAAAUAAAGAAGGAUGAAUUAAAGAAGUCCUUGUAUGCAAUUUUUUCUCAAUUUGGUCAAAUAUUGGAUAUUGUAGCAUUAAAAACAUUAAAAAUGCGUGGACAAGCAUUUGUUAUUUUCAAGGAAAUUGCUAGUGCUACAAAUGCUUUGAGAUCGAUGCAAGGUUUUCCAUUUUAUGACAAACCAAUGAGGAUACAAUAUGCAAAGUCUGACAGUGAUAUAAUUGCAAAAAUAAAAGGCACUUAUGCGGAACGACCUAAAAAACCGAAACGUGUUGUUCCUGCAGCAGACGAAGAAGCUAAACGUGCCAAAAAGAGAGCUAAAGAACAAGCUAAACAUUCCCAACAGAUUGGUUAUCAUGCUGGUGUGCCGCAACAUCCAGGCUUAGUCAAUACCGCUGUACCCGAACAACCACCAAAUCAAAUUUUAUUCCUUACAAACUUACCAGAUGAGACUAGUGAAAUGAUGUUGUCUAUGCUCUUCAACCAGUUUCCUGGUUUCAAGGAAGUACGUUUGGUACCAAAUAGGCAUGAUAUCGCGUUUGUAGAAUUCGAAAAUGAAGUUCAAUCUGGAGCUGCGAAAGAUGCUCUUCAAGGUUUUAAAAUUACACCUUCUCAUGCGAUGAAAAUAUCUUUUGCAAAAAAAUAAAAUAUAUAAUAUAGUUUGUAUGGAAAUGUUAUCGAGAGAAUGAUAAAAAAACAUGUGUUGUAAUAAAUCUAUCUAGAAAUUUAUGCAAACACAAUCAAGGGUAUUAAAAGACUUCUUGAAUGCAGAUUUACGAACGUAACUCAAAGAUAUACUAUAAAGAUUCAAGAACGAUACAUGUACAAAAUUUUA